UGAAGGUUAUGCCGAGGGAUUUAACGAAGGAAGAUACAAAGGAUCUCAAGAGCAAACCUUACAGUUCUGGUUUCGACUUUGACCUGUUGGUAGAUAUAGGAAUGAAGUCGAGGAAACUAUAUAAAGAAGAAGCAAAAAAAUUAAUGAUAUCUCAAAGCGAAAGUGAAAGCGAAGAAGAAGAGGAUCAAGACGAAGAGCCCUCAAAUGAGGAUCAUACUCCUAUUUUCUCAUCCCCUCUUGACAUAUCCGAGAAACAGAACAAAAAGUCUCUAAUCAACAAUGCAUACGUGGAGGAGGGAAGAGAAAAGUUUCCGAUAUCGCCAAGAGGAGAAGAGGACUUCUGUUGCCCAACACCUGAGGCUGCCGCCAAGAGACAGAGGAUGUUGAUGAGAGAGAAUUGCAUCUACAUACCCGGCUUGUCAACGUCCCUCGACAUAUCGAAGGAUGAGAGACUGAUGACGGAGAAGAGUCUCAAGAAACCGGCAGAAAUAGGUGAUAAUCCCACAAGGGGUUUUGUUGAUGAGCGAAAGUGGUUUGAAAGUAGUAAUAAGGGAAUUAUUAUUGAAGAAGAAGAUGCUUUUAGGGUUAUGAAAAAGACGAAGACUAGCAACAAUAAGGGAUUUAAGAAAUGGGUCAUUAAUGGUGAUAUUUUAGAUGAUUACAAGCCGGACUUGCCUGAGUAUAUCAUGGACAAGAUUCGGAUUGAAAACGGGUCGGACGUGAAGCUUGUGAUCCAGAAGCAGUUGACGGUGACGGACUUGGAGUCCGGUCAGAACCGGAUAUCGUUGCCGUUUAACGCAUUGAAUAGAACGGAUUUCCUGACCAUAAGGGAACAAGAGUACCUCAUGGGGAGGAGACCGGAUGCUGAGGAAAAAAAAUCUGAAAAUGCUGAGCAAAAAAGGAAAAAAAAAGGGAGGAGACCGGACAGGAACAAAAACAUAAACGGGAUUCAUGUGGUGUUCAUCGAGCCGAACGGGGACCGGAAUCUGGACCUGGUGUUCAAGCGUUGGGACAUGCCGAAGAACGGCGGGCGGAAUGUGAGCUCGAUGUAUUUGUUCAACGGGAAGUGGAAAGAUGUUUACAAGAAGCACGAUUUGGAUCCAUGUAUGAUUGUGCAGGUGUGGUCGUUUCGUUAUAACGGCGGGGAGUUGGGGUUUGCUAUGGUAAUUGUCGGAAGGGUUGCGAACGGGAACGCCAACAGGAACAGGAACAGGAACAGGAACAACAGGAAUGGCAAUGGGCAUGGUUCCAGUGAGAGUGGGAGUGGCAGUGGCAAUGGCAAUGGCAGUGGAAUGGGUGGGAGUUUAGAGUGGUGAUCAGGCUGGGGAAAGUGGUUUUGGAUCUCGACACUAAUUAAGAGAAGGGCUGCUAAAGUUUUGUAAAUCAAAUUAGGGGUGUUCUGUUUUCUAUGGUUAGGAGUUUGGCUAACAGUUUUAAGGUUUUUUA